CCGGGGAGGUGCCUACCUGGGCCCAGGUGCGCUCCGCUCUUCGUCUGUCGGUGAUGAAGCGGGCCCAGGCGGCAUCGGAAGGAGGCCAGGCCGAGUUCCCAAUGGAGCCCCUGGGGAGCCAGGUCGCGGAGCCGGAGCAGCUGCAGGUCCCCGCCGACGAACUACGGCUUGAGGGUCUCGAGAGCAGCCCGAAUCCGGUCCGAGCCGUAAAGAAGGCGGCGGGCGCGGGCCAGGACCUCGCCGGCGGGAAGCAGCAGCCCCCGGCCCGCCCGGCGCUCACGCGGCUGCCGCCAUCCAGCCUGGGCUACGGCGCCUUCCGCCGCCAGACGUCCGCGGACUCCGAGCCGCCGUCGCCCGGCCCUUCCGUGGCCGAGCGGCCCCAGGCCGGCGAGGCGCCGGGGGCCGAGCUGGUGUCGGGGGAGCAGCUGCCUGGCGCCUGGGCCCCGGUGGAACUGCAGGUGGACGUGCGCGUGAAGUCCGUGGGCGCGGCCGGGAGCAGCCGCGCGCCCUCGCCGGCGCCCUCCACGCGCUUCCUCACCGUGCCGGUGCCCGAGUCCCCGGCCUCCUCCCGCCACGCCUUCCCCACCCACCCGCUCCUGCCGCGGACCCCAGCGCGGCCGGAGCGCGGCCUCGACGCCACCACGUGCGGCGGCCGCUGCAGGGAGCUGGGGCUGGAGAAGGAGGACGCGCUGCUGCCCCGCGCCGAGACGGACAGCGACGAGAAGCUGCCCCGGGCCAUAGAGAUCAUGGGGCUGCCUCUGUACAUGAAGUCCCUGCGCUGGGCCCUAGUGGUCAUGGCUGUGUUUCUGGCAGUGUCCGCGGUCACCAUUGUGGCCCUGGCUUCUAGAGUAGGGGCCACUUGCCACCCGUGCCCCCCGGGCUGGAUGUGGUGUGAGGAGCAUUGCUACUACCUCUCUGCCGAGGCUCGGGCCUGGGAGGCCAGCCAGGCCUUCUGCUCGUCUCACCAUGCCACCCUCCCCCUGCUGGGCCACAUCCAGGACUUCCUGAGCAGAUACCCAGUCACCAAGUACUCCUGGGUGGGGGCCCAGCGAGGCCCCCAGGGCUGGCACUGGAUUGAUGGGGCUCCACUACCAUCCCAUUUACUCCCAGAGGAAGAUGAGGACCAGCCGGAUCUCAAGUGCGGGGGCCUGGAGGAAGGCAAGAUUGUGGCUUGGGACUGUGCCUCUCCAAGAUCCUGGGUCUGUGCCAAGGGGACCAAGUGAUUUGGCUUCUGCCCAUCCAGAGACAUGAGGGCCUGUGGCCCGUCAGUGGAGGCCAGGGUGCUGGCUGGGGUAGCCGCUCCCCUGGACCCAGGCUUCCAGGUGUCCCUGCCCUGUGCUUGAGGGGCCGUCCCUGAGCGAACCCGGGACUGGACUUCUGGUGCAAGCAGAUCACGUCCAAGGGAAAGGAGGUUUCCUGUGGCCCCGGGCAGAGUGUAUUUUAGUCUCCGGCUCCCGAAGCGGACUUGUUCGGUGACCUUGGGAUGGCUUCUUAGCAUCUUGGAGCCUGGGUUUCUCCCUCAUUAAAAUGGCCAUUUCCCAUC